AUGAGCCGCCAUAUCCCCCGACAACGUAUCCCUUCAGGAAUUGUGUUAUCGGCCCCUCUGGACCUGGCAUCAGCACCGCGAGACACCUGGCGAGAUACAAAUGAUUCAUUACCGGAUCAAACACCUAAGACGAGCCAUCCUGCCUCUCACGGCAAACGCCACAAUGUGCGUCACAGACAUGAAAGCGACCACAUUAAUGGGUCGGGAAGGCCCUUCAGUGAUGGCAUCCACACAUUUGCAGCCUUGUUUAAUACUUUCUAUGGACAUCAUGUGCCAGGAAGGGACUUGGAUGACAGCUUCUUAAUGGGGGCAGACCAUCACGAGGCAAUGACAACGUUGUGUCUGCCUAUGCUGAGCGUCGACAUUGAGGUAACGGUGGACGGUACCCUGGCAUGCAGCGAGUUGACCCAGACCUUCGGCAAUCCGUCCGACACGACAAUCCGCGAGGCCAAGCAUAUUUUUCCACUCUACGAAGGCGCAAGCGUGACAGCAUUCGAGUGUACGAUCGGCGACCUGCAAUGCUUACGAGGGGUAGUCAAGCCCAGGGAGGAGGCAAGACAGGUCUACCACGAGGCGGUACAGAACAAGCGAGAGACAGCAGCAUUACUGGAGGAGCAGAGCUCGGAGAUCUUUGUGACGUCGCUGGGAAACAUUUCGCCUCUGACGGACGUCAAGAUCAAGCUGACUUACGUGCAUGAAUUGAAGGUUGUCUUGAUGACCGAGCGCAAAUCAGAGGGCAUCGCGAUCAUCAUUCCCAUCUCCAUAGCGCCUCGAGUUGCUGCCGGUAGCAUCACUGACAGUGAAGAUUGGACUGCAGAAUCACACCAUGAGAUCGAUUAUCAAGGGAAAGAACCCAUGAAACGUGUAUUUCAUGUUCCAGACGCUUCCCAGCUUCACUUCGUCGAUGAAUCGCCAUCGGCAUCCCAGCAACAGGGCUUAGAGGGCGAUCUGGUCCUUGUGCUCCCAGUGCGAACGGGAUAUCAGGUCCAGUCCCGAGCCCUAAUCUCGCCCCCGGACUCCAACGGCUACGCAGCAAUGCAAGUCAGCUUUCGCCCUUCUGACCUCUUUGGCACUGCUGUUCGACCGAGAAGCUUCAAAGGCGAGAUUAUCUUUGUACUGGACUAUUCCGGAUCCAUGCAUUUCAGUCGCCAUCGACCGCAAUCGAAACUCGAGGUUUUGGGCGCGGCUAUGUCCUUAGCCUUAUGCGGUAUCCCGGAUACAUGUGUCUUCAACGUCCUCAAAUUCGGCAGCUCAACGGAGGGGCUUUGGGACCAGUCCAGGCCUCACUCGGCAGAGACAAUAGAGCUGGCUCGAGCUUACACCACUUCCCGCCCCGAUCUUGGCGGCACUGAUUUAGUGCGAGCACUCAAGGCUGCCAUGAAACAUUUGGGCAGUCAAAAGACGUCUGCCCAAAUUAUCAUUAUCACGGAUGGAGAGCUGGACCCCAUGCCGGUCGCAGAGUACGUCUCAUUAAUGCGGAAGAAGCUGGGCAACAAAAUUCGUUUUUUCGCGCUGGGAAUCGGGGACCAUGUGUCUCACCGAUUGAUCGAAUGUGUGGCCGAGUUGGGUGGCGGCCUCGGCGAUGUAGUGGAUGUCGUCGCGCAACCCAAUUGGAAUUGUGAGAUUGGCCUGGGCUCGGCGUUUGAGCGGCAGAAUCUCGCAUCUGUUCCGUGGGGAAAAACUCAUCCCUCGUCAACAGGACCCGAGCCCAUGGCACCUUACAUACAAGCCCCGUUCCCCACCCCGGAUCUGCAUCCUUUCUCCUAUCAGUCUAUAUACUUUCUUGUUGAUCUUCGCGAUAAAGCCUUACCCCGUGAAGUUACAUUGACAUCUAUCAACCCCACCGCAAAAAGAAAGACUUGCAAACUAAUUGUGCAGAAGGCCAGCAUCAACAGGCCCUUUGUUCACCAACUCGCAGCAAAGGCUUGUUUGACAGGGCUGGAGACCUUGGCAAGACAACAACACAGCGAUCACGACCUAGUGGGAGCAAAUGCAGAGCAUCUGGGGCAGAUUUACUCGAUCAUUAGCAGGUGGACAAGCUUCGUUGCUGUAUCCCUGAACAUUGGAGAUGAGGAGUAUCCAGAGAUAUGUGACACGCAUCGUACAAUAUCGGCAAAGUUCGACAUUGAAAAGGAAAUGCAUGAUUACGAGAUGCGUGACGAAGAACGAGAAACUGAAGAGUGUAGACGAUAUUUACGGCGUCACAACAGCCGGUACUCUCACAACCAUAGUCCUUCUUCGGAAACCUCAUACCAAGAUGUAUGUUCCUGCUGUGAUGAAUUCGAUGGUGGGAGUUCUCAGCCGGACCCAUACCGACACGUAAAGGUACCCUUGAUUUUUCGAGACAGAGAUAACACCGUCGCUUUGCCCUCAAGCGGCGAACAUGGUAUUGAAAGAUGCGCCGACGAAUUAGACCGCGACCUAGACGAGAAAGGUAAAGAGUCUAUCUCUUCUGACGAGAGCAUCCAAAGCGCCGCAUUGCACAAGACGCCGAAGAAUGAUCUAUCUGUGCCCAUAGUGACUCCACAUAUGUCAGCACGGAGAGAAGCAAUGGAAUUUGCCAGAUUCACAGAUUUCUGGAGCAACUCGGAUACCGAAAGCGAACUAGACUUGAACCGUGCUGCUAGCCCUGUGUCUUUCGUGCAUACAAACAAGAACCAGAAAUCCCUGACCUGGCAAGACGCCGUGAGAGACCAGAUGCCAAACGGGACAUUCCGCCUUCUUGACACGAUGAGGCGGGAACUUGAGCUACACUAUUGUCCCGCCACUACAGCCAAGGUUGGAGAAAUGAUCCUCAAGCAUCUGAACGGUGGAAGUCUUGCAGAAGACCUGCUGCAUGACUGUACAGAUACGAUAACAAUGAUACAAUACUUCCGUACGCACAUGGUUCAUGAGGAGGACACAUGGGGCCUGAUGAUGUCUCGCGCCGAGAGUGCACUGUUAGCCACUCUGGGUAGGUCGGAUGAGGAUGAAGAUUGGUUGGAGCCUAUAUAUGAUGUGUUAAGACUCUCCAUCAUGCAUCAGCAUUUCGUAGGGUUCCAGCGCAGUCGAAACAUGGAUACAGCAGACAAGCCGGCAGACGAAAACGAUAAGGCCGUCAGAUGUCCUGUUUAUGAGGAGCCAUUUGGUGUGGCGGGUGGCGUUCGGCGCUUUUUUUGUCCUUAUGAAGAGGAGGUUGAUGACAGCGGGCUUUGUACAGGGUUUGUAUGGGAUAGCUGGCUUGCUUACUGGGAUCAUCAGGUGCAAACGGGGCAUGUUUUGUGCUCCAAGCUCGGGGUUUUUUCGAAUGUUUAGUGCGUCAUCUUCCAAGAAAGAUCGGCCGCU